AUGUUGGCUCGGCAGCCAGCAGAAUUACCGCUGUCGCCGAUGGAGGGACCAAGUUUUGGAUGUGCAACAGCAGUAAAUGGACUGCUAGUAUCAUCGACAACACCCACAACACAAGCCAUCACGUCAUCUUCAUUAACUCCUGAAGCCAGGGACGAUAGCGGUGUAUCAACGAUGGAAUCGGUUUGCAGUAAAGAAUUUGACCCGAACAUGGCAACGGCCAGAACAUCUGUGCAGACAUUAUCGGAUAUUUUACUUUCUGAACAUAAUAAUAACUAUGCGGGUAGUGUGGACGUGGUGAAGCUGUUGCGGCUACGUUCCGUUGAUGAUGAGCAGAGUCAACAGUCGAAUUCGUCAAGCCUCGAAUCACUUUCUUCCCUGGAAAAUCACCAAGGCAGUCAAGAUCUGGACGGCGAUGGUGGCUCCGGCUCUACUUCAUGCUCAGAAGACUCGUUUGAGAUGUCAAGUACAUGUAGUGUUCGUGAUACGGAUGUAUCGCCUGAGGAGUUAUCUCCUCGAAAAGAAUGGAUGGAUGGGGGGAAAAACCUCGUGGAAAUGAGAAUGAUGACUCGAUUUCAGAAGCAAGUCAUGCCCAACAACAAACGGCCACCACCUCAAGUAAGGCGACGAUUGGCCCUUCAAGCGGAUUCAUGGAAAGGAGCCAGUCCUGCUGUCAGUACUCGACCUCAUCGGUCCAAUCUGGCACUUCGACUACAGACAGCUAUGAAUUUACAGGUCUGCUAUAUGAACGAGUUAGCAGAAAGUGCUUCUGAAAGCGAAGUAUCCGAAUCCGAUGAGGAAUUCAUGUUGCCAAAGUCGCGAUCCGUACCAAAUUUGGAAGAAACAAGCCGUCCGGGUUCAUCGAAAGAGGAUCCAUAUUUGCGGAAACUUCGCGAUCGGGCCAUUCACGAGCAGCAUCUGGAUCCAUUUGAGCGUCAGACGUUACUUCACGCUGAAACAACAACCGUACUACUCAACGCGAAGAAAGCUGCACAAACGGCAUUAGCCCGGUAUAGAAGUACGAAGUCGAAAGCGAGUGGUGUACCUCGUCAGGCACGGCAGUAUCUCAGGAAAAUGUCAAUGGAUGAAGUGCUACGAAUCAAAGAAACCAUGGAGCAAGCCAUAUACCGUAAGCAACUCUUUAAUUAA